AUGAAGGCUUCAGAACAACCUGCUCUUGACGCUGGAGAGCUGUGCUUUCAGCAGCCAUCUCUUCUUCCAGCCACCUGUUUUGAUCUGGAGAAGAGCUCUGGACUUCAGGAAGAGAUCAUAACUGGGCAAUAUUUAAACGCUCUCCUCAAUAUCCUUAAUUUCCAAAGCACCAAUAUUUGGACAAAAGAUCUCUUUAACAAAAUCAUGGCCUACUGCCAUGCCGAGAAUGUUGCAGUUACUUAUGCCAGCUUACAGGAAUCAAUCACCAAUUACUUUGAGCACCUCUUCCACCAUCCCAGAAUGUUCCUUUCAGUGUUCCGGGACAUGCAGCCUGAGUAUUUUCAAACAGCCAUGAAGUAUCUCUUUGGAAGGACCCAGGAGUAUUUGGAACUGGGAAAUAUUCUGAUCGACCUACCUGGAAUAAGAGAGAAACUUUUCCAAAGUCCCGGGGGGAACCGUACCUUGGUCCUUAUUACGUUAGAAAAGUGCUUUCUGCUCCUCAAUUCUGCUGAAUGCGUGGACAUCUUAAGCCAGAUCCUUCAAGCCUCUUCGGCCACUUAUCUCCAAGCCCACAACGUGGCAAGCUUCCCGCAAGAUCUUCCGAAAGAUGCUUUCCGAAAUCUGUCAAUAGUAUUCAAAGACCUCUACGACAGGCUAACUGCCAAUACUCAAAGGGCUGUGUAUGAAUGGAUGAUGAAGAACCUACAACCAUCGUACAAUGCCAGUGAGAAUUCCACGUCUUGGGUCAGCGCUGAAAACCUGUGGAUUCUGGGCAGGUAUAUGGUUCAUCUCCCCCUUGAAGAAAUCAGGAAAAGUAACCCGUAUGAAAUGUGGUUAUUUGUCAGCUACGACAAUGCAACCAAGCAACUGGAUACGGUGUAUGAUAUCACACCAGAUCUUGCACAAGCCUUCUUGGAAAGAAUCAACGCAUCUGGCUUUGAUAUGCGGAACAUAACAACUUUGUACAGGCUGGGUUUGCUGGUUUGUUUCUACUAUGAUCUGGCAGAGAUGGAUUCCACCAUAGCUCGGGCAUUGCUUCACCAAAUGAUUAAAUGUCACCAGCUGAGAAACUUCCAGGCCAAUGUUCAGAAGCUGAAGUCCCAACUUCUCAACGUUGCCGUGCAAAACCAGACUUUAAAUGACACUCUGGGCACCCUCUCAGAUGCCGUCGUUGGACUGGCAACCAGCCAGCUGGAAUCUCUCUCCCCCAGAGCUGUGCAUUCUGCAAUCUCCACAUUAAACCAAGUCUCCGGAUGGGCCAAAAGCCAAAUUAUAGUUUUAUCCGGCAAAUAUCUGCUUUAUGAAAAGGCGUUGUUGUUUCACAACGUUAGUCAAAUGGGGGCUUUGGUGACUGGCAUUGACACCUUGUCCUUCUACAACAUGAAUCCCAAUGAACUCUCUCAGGCGAUCCAGAGUGCCUUGGCACAGCGGGCACUGGACUUGUCCCCGGCUCAAAGACAAGGAAUCUUCCGGAAGAUCCUGGAUUCCACACACCUCUCGUCUGUCCUCAUCAAUCUGCCCAGUGCCUUUUUUACUGAGGUGUCCCUGUUUGAUUUGUGGAAGGCAGGCAGCUUCAACGUGACGCUGGUGAAGAAAAAAGAGCUGAAGCCAAGCCAGGCUUUGUUUCUGUAUGAAUUAUUGUCAAGGAAAACUCCUCUGCCUGAUCUCUUAAGCAUCGGACAGCUGUUGAAAGGACUGACCUGCCGGCACAUUGAGAAUUUGAGCGCAAACUCUUUUUUGAACAUCUUCAACGUAUUCGAAAAGCAUCUUCACUUGCUAUCCCCCUUUCAGAUCAAUUGUUUGGCUUGGAAAUUCUGGACAAUUUCUGAAGCAUCUGUACCUCCCUACCUUUUAGCUGUGCUUCCUGCCCAGUUCCUGGACUCCGUCACGGGAUCACGCUGUGUCCCUUUUCUGAUCGGCUUGGGAAAGGUGGACCUCGAUCAUCUCGUCUGGAGCAGGCAGAAGAAAAGAGCCCUUCUCCAGAAGGUCCAGCGUUGCUUAAAUGGUUCGGUGGCAGAUGAAUAUUCUGUGGACCUGUUGGGCAAUCUUCUUUGCCAUUUGUCCCCUGCGUUCAUCUGCGACGGGGUCUCCCCGGAAGUAACGGCAGUGAUUCUCCACCGAUAUGGCCAGUGCCUCCAUCUCAGCUAUGAGCAGAAGAUGGAAAUUAAACAGAGGCUGAUUGAAUUGCACGGCUCCCCAAGAAACUGGACGGUUGAAACAAUGAAGGACAAUGGACCUUUUAUUGUGUUAUUGCCAAAAGAUGAAUUGAUGGUCCUUGUGGAAAAGUUUCCUGAUUUCAUCUCAGAAAUCGCAUCAAAAACAUCCCAACCGGUCUCUGCAACCGAGCAUCUCCUCUUGGCUCAAUUUGAAUCUUUUUGCACCUCCAGGAUUCCAACCCAACCCUCUAAUUCAACUCCAGAUUGUGAAGAUGUCAUGGCACCUUCUUCAGAUGAGAUUAUAAAAUUAUCAGAAGCAAACAGGUUUUGGUCCGUCCAGGAACUGAGCUGCAUGGAAAGGAAAACUUUUGCCAAAACUGUGGAAAUCCUUGGCUCAGUGCGUAAUUUUAGCCCCCUCCAGCUCGUUGCCUUGAAAGAAAAGGCUAAACAGGUAUGGGGCCUGCCUGAAAGCUGGAAGAGGUAUCACAUUGUCUCCCUGGGGCGCAUUGUCACGGCACUGAAUGAGAGUGAGAUUGGAGCAUUGGAUCUGAGUUCGAUUGACACCGUCUCGGCCCUGAGACAGCAAACAGGCUGGAAUCCAGUUCAGGCCAAAUCCAUUUUACAAGGCUUUUUGGAUGAUUCGGAGCAAGAGAUAGCCAGUCUCAAAAGUUUUGAUUUGGCAGGUCUAGAUGCCAGUCUUUGCACUCUAAACUCAACAGAGAUUGCAUCUAUCAAUGCCACCGAAUUCAGUAUGGUUUUAGCCAGAAUGGGUUCUUUGCCAUGUAAGUCAAGCACUCUGCAAGGAUUUAAAAAGAAAGUAGAAUCUGUAUUUGGAACUCCUACGAAGUGGAGCCAUGCAGUCCUGCAAGAAAUUGGGACUAUCGCUGCUGGCUUAAAUGAGAAAGAAUUAAGAGCCCUCGAUGAAGAAUUGAUGGCUUAUUUCCAGCCAACGGCAAUAGCGUGCCUUCCUGAUGAAAUGUUUAAAGAGUUGUCUCCUGAGCAGAUUGCAAACCUUGGGCCUGAAAACGCAGCCCGGGUGACCGAUUCACAGCGCCAACAUCUCAAUGAACAGCAGCUUCAGAGUCUUCGACUGGCAUUGGAUGGUGGAAAGAGAAGAAUCCAAGACGUGUCGUUGGAUGAGAGCACAAUCUAUCCCACUUAUACACCUGUUUUGACUG